AUGAUUGUCCCAUAAGGAAUUCUUCAAUAUCAAAUCUUCAAAAGGAGGUGGCUAGUGUUGUUUGCUUUCUGCUCUUUUACGUAUAAUAUUCCUAUUAAGUAGAUUUACUAAUGCCUUUGGAUUUGUCCAAUACUCUCCUAUUUUAACUCUUGCUGCUAAUUACUAUGGAGUUUAGGAAGAAUAGAUAGUUUGGUUUAGCAAUUGUUACUAUUUAACUUACUUUGCAGUUUGUCCUUUUACUAUAAAACCUUUAGAAAAAAGGUUAGAUUUAUCGUUAAUGUUUGCUUCUUUGAUAACUAUGUUAGGUAAAAUGUUAAAAAUCAGGAUAGGUUAAUGGAUAAUAUAUAUAUGUAAAUAGCAGUAUUCAAUAGCAUUGAUUGGAUUUAUUAUGAUUGGUCUUGGUUAAACAUUUACUUUAGCUGCACCAGCAUGUAAUAAGUCAAUAAUAAAUAUAUUAGUUAUAUCUGACCGUUGGUUUCCUAUUGAAGAACGUACUUUAUCAACUAGUUUGGGUAGUUUCUUUAAUUUAGUUGGAUUAAAUUUUUCAAUUGUUUAUGCAUCAGUUUCAUUUAAAAAUACCUACGAUUAAUAUGAAAUUAAAAAUAAGAUUGAUUAAAUGAAUCUUUUAUUUUCUAUUCUAUCCACAUGUUCAUUGUUAUUUUGUGUUUUGAUGAUAAGAAAUAAACCUUAAAGUCCACCAUCAAAAUCAGCAGUAUUGUUUUUAUUAAUAAAAAAGAUAUUUGAUAAAAUGGAAAUCAUCCCAUCCUUUAAAUCAGCAUUUAGUAGUAUAGAAGUAACAAUGGAUUUAUUAACUUUCUCAAUUUUUAUAGGAGUAUCAUGGGCAUAUAUGGUUGUGAUAGCAAUUCUUAUGGUUCCAUUUGAUUACACAAUUGAAUAAAUAGGUUAUGUAAGUAUAGUCUAUGCAGCAACAGGAACAAUUGGAGGAACAUCUGCUAGCAUUUAUAUGGAUUAUUAAGUUAAGAAUCAUUAAUAACCUAACUAUGAUUAUUUGAUUAAAAUUUUCCUUACAAUUGGUGUAUUAGGAAUAAUGAUAAAAGCUCUAAUUAUAAAUUAUGUAAAUGAUAUUGUUAUAGUGAUACUAACAGGAAUAAUAGGAUUAGGUUUAAAUUCUUUUCUUCCAUUAGCUUUAUAGUGUUAUAUUGAAAAAUUAUUUCCUUCAUUUGAAUUGGUUCUUACAACAAUAAUAAUGCAAAUGUCUAAUGUAUAUUAUGAUUAAUUAUAAAUUAAGCUGUUAGGAUUUGUAUUUGGUUAUAUUUUAAUAUUAGAUGUAUUCUUAGAUAUAGGAUUGUAUGUAAUUUUGAUAGGAUUAAGUCCAUUUUAUAUUUACUUGAUUUUCUUUUACAAAACUAAAUAUAAAAGAUUAUAAAUAGAGUAGGAAUUUGAACCACCAUCAAUGUGA